UGGGGCGUGGCGGCGAUGAGUCUCCUCCCGAGCCGGGAGCGGGGCCGCCGGGGCCCUGCCGCGGCUUCCAGAACGGGCGCCCGGCUGGCGUCACGUCACAUCUCUGACGUCAUCGUAGGCUGUACAUCACCAUGGUCUCUGACGUCGUGGCGUAGAGUGUUGAAAGAGAGAUCCGCUUCGAAGCCAUGGCUGUGGUGGUAGCCAAGCGGGAAGGACCCCAGUUCAUCAGCGAGGCAGCCGUCCGAGGCAAUGCGGCCAUUCUGGAUUACUGCCGGACGUCGGUGUCUGCACUCUCGGGAGCGACCGCGGGGAUUCUCGGCCUCACCGGCCUGAACGGCUUCAUCUUCUACUUCCUGGCUUCCGUCGUGCUCUCGGUGCUUUUGGUGCUGAAAGCUGGCCGGCGGUGGAACAAAUACUUUAAGUCCAGAAGGCCCCUUUUUACCGGGGGGCUGAUCGGGGGGCUCUUCACGUACAUCCUCUUCUGGACUUUCUUGUAUGGCAUGGUGCACGUGUACUAGGACAGUGCUUUAUCGGGACAGUUCUAGUGGAGCAGGGAGUGGGGACCGUUGCCAAACCAAUCAUCCAGUCCCGUAGGCCAGAUUGCGGGGUGCCUAAUGUCUUGCUUGCACUCUUAACACUGUCUGUAACUUGUGUCAGAAAACAAGCCUGCAGAAUCCUGCUAAUUAAAUGGAAUGUGAAAUA